AUGAUAAAGGAACUAAGGUUUGUUUUUGAUUUGUUUUCUAAAGACAAACAUCUGGUAAAAAAUGACGAUGUUUCAGACGUUUUGCGAUUUCCGAAAGAGUUCAGAUCAAUUUCAUGUUAUAUAACUACCAUAAAAAAGCAGAACAUAAAAAUUAUGCGAUGUUGGCUCAAUUAAAAUUAUAUGAAGAACAUAUAAUUCGAAUGUGCUGUGUACUUGCAGCUAUUUGUGUUUGCCUAAUAUUUGAUUCUUAUAAGAUUCAUAAUUUAUUAAAUGAGUUGAGAGCUGCUCGAAAUUUAUGA